UGUGUGUGUGUGUGUAUUUUUUUUUCCUGAGGGGGGGCUUGUUUAAGGAAGAAAGUGGAUGUACCACCAGUGGGACUUUUCCGAAGGAGAAUCUCGGCGGAAAGUUUCGUAUCUGCGUUUUUUUUAAAUCCUCCGGCGCGUCGAGGCAGAGCUGGUGGUAAUGCAGUGAGGAGCGACUUUUUCGGGGGGAUAACACGCAGGGCAGGGGGCUGGAGCCCUCUCACCGCCUCGACGCUAUGCCGUGGGUCAGCGGCGGUAAGCGGCGAGAAAGCUCGGAGCUGCCGCUGCCCGCGGGCUGGGAGGAAGCCCGGGACUACGACGGCAGGGUGUUUUUCAUCGACCACAACACCCGGCAAACGUCGUGGAUUGACCCCAGGGAUAGGAUCACCAAACCGCUGACGUUUGCUGACUGUGUUGGAGAUGAACUGCCUCUGGGGUGGGAGGAAGUUUAUGAUCAGCAAGUGGGUGUUUACUACAUCGACCACAUUAACAAGACCACCCAGAUUGAGAACCCGCGGACGCAAUGGCGGCAGGAGCAGGAGCGCAUGCUGAAGGAGUACCUCGUGGUGGCCCAGGAGGCCCUCAAAGCAAAGAAGGAGAUGUACCUGGUCAAGCAGCAGCGGCUGGAGCUGGCCCAGCAGGAAAUGUUGCUCUUCCAUGAGCUCUCUGAGGACAACCUCUCCAUCACCAGCACUCUCUCCGGCUCGUCCUCGAGCGCGAAAUACGACCCUGACCAAAUCAAAGUGGAAAUAGCCUGUAGGCGAGAGCGGCUCUCCAGACUGAAGCAGGAGCUGGCCCAGGUGAAGCAGGAGCUGCAGUAUAAGGAAAUGGGAGUGGAGACCCUGCAGGAAAUCGACAGGAAGAUGUCCUGCAGCCAGACAAACUACAAGCUGGAUGAGGCUCAAGCCAUCUUCAACGAGCUGCGGAGCAUCAAGAAGGCCAUCAGCACGGGCGAGAAGGAGAGGCAGGACCUCAUCCAGAGCCUGGCUAAGCUGACUUUUAACUUCCAAAGCAAUCUGUCGAUCAGCGACCCGGCCGGCGAGGUGGCAAACAGCUCCGUAACCGCGGGCGACCCGUGCAGUCCGCAGCAGUUCUGCGAGACGGGCUGUCAGACGGACAUCAUGGGAGAGUGUGGUUCCCAAGAUUCCUCCCAUUUGGUGGACAAAGUGAAACUCAAUUGGCAGUAUGAAGAAGCCAAGAAAAAGGUGCAGAGCAUCCAGCACCAGCUCGCACAGCUGGACAGUGAGAGCUGGUCGGGGCGGGCGGAGGCGGACCGCGACCGCGACUUCAUGCAGCUGCUGCGCGAGAAGGAGGCGCUCCUGCAGGAGAUCAUCCUGCUGAGCAGGCAGCAGCAGCACCCGCAGGACACGCUGCUGCAGCUGGAGGAGAAGCGCUCCCUCCUGGAGGAGGAGGUGCAGAGGGCCCACAGCGCCCAGAGCCAGGGGGCCAAUCAGAGGAUCCUGCAGCAGGAGAAGAGGAACGUCCUGCUCCGGCAGCUGGAGGAGGCCACGCGCAUCACCACCUACCUGCACUCCCAGCUGAAGAGCCUGUCGGCCAGCUCCCUGACCGUGUCGUCCAGCAGCAGCCGCGGCUCCCUGGCGUCCAGCCGGGGCUCGCUGGCGUCCAGCCGGGGCUCCCUGAGCUCCAUCAGCUUCAGCGACAUCUACGGCCUCCCGCAGUACGAGCGGCUGGACGGCGCCGGGGAGCCGCUGGACCCCCACAUGCGCUACCUCCUCCCCCCGGAGGCCGCCUCCAGGGACUGCUCGGUGUUCACCCCCGACCCGCUGACCCAGAGCAAAAGCAAGCGCUCCCACGACACCCCCCAGUCCCUGGCCUCCCUCUCCUCCCGCUCCUCGCUCUCCUCCCUGUCGCCGCCCAGCUCGCCGAUGGACACGCCGUACCACUCCGCCCCCCAGGAGUGCCCCCUCACCCAGAUGACGGAGGAGUACAUGGAGCAGGCGGGCCGCGGGCUGCUGGAGGGCCUGCGGGCCCAGUCCCAGUCCCUGUCUCACACCGCCCUGCUGGGCGGCGAGGAGACGGCGAGCCCCGCCGCCGCGCACCAGCCGGACGCCAAGGCCCACAGGGACAGCGGGGCUCAGACCGCCUUCACCUCCACCGGAGUGACUCUGAGGGGAAACAGCGCCAACCGCAGUGGACGGAGAGCCAGGAGGGUCUCGGCCGGCGUCUCUGAGGACGCCCUGGCCACCGACAGCGGCGUGUUCGAAGCGUGGGGCAGGAGGGUGGAGGAGUACGAGGAGCUGUCCUACAUGAAGGACCUGUCGUCCGCGGGCGAGCCCACGCAGAUCCAGCUGGGGCUGCUGUGGGAGUCCUCGUCUCAGUCUCUCCGACUCCACCUUCUCCAGCUCAAGAAUAUGAAUUGCUCCAUUGUGAAAGAAGGCUCUAAAGUGUACGUGAAGGUGCACCUGAUCCCUCUGGACGCCAACCGGGCCUGUGCGUUCUACUGCUGCACGGCGCUGGAGCCGCAGAGCCAGAUGAGCUUUAACGAGGGCUUCCGCAUCCCGGUCCCAGCCAACGCCCUGGUGGUGUGCGCUCUGCAGCUGUCCGUCUGCUCGCUGGGCCUUCAGGCUCAGGAGGAGCUCCUGGGCACGGCCCAGGUCGGCCUGGCCGACUGCGAGGGCAGCGCGGAGAUGGUUUACCACUGGCUGCGCGUCCAGAUGUUAAACGGCCCCGAGGGGCAGCGGCCGGAGCAGAAGGGCACGGUCCACCGCAGACACCUGGACAUCCAGGACGAGGAGCACAGGCCCAGAGCCAUGGACACUCUGGGCAGUCUGCUGUCCCGUAACACCGCCGCCCAUCCGGAAGAGCGGGACGCACAGCUGGAGCUGCAGAGGCCGGAGAAGAAGGACGAGCGAGGGGAGGCCACGUCGGAGAGGAGCUGGCAGGCGGAGUCGGUGGACAGCGGCUGCAGCAACAGCACCGCCUUCACCACCCCCUACGCAGAGGCUCUGUGCGCGGAGGGCGCGUGCACGGCCACAGGGGGGCGCUGCAACCAGACGGCCAGCAGGCAGUACGCAGUGAAGGUGGAGAAGGCCACCAUGACGGAGGGCGUGUUCCCGGAGCCCAUGCGCGUGCGGCCCAAAGAGAGGGGGGGCCGCUGGGGCCACGCCUCCCCGUUCAUGCGCAGCAGCACCAUCGUCCGCUCCCAGACCUUCUCCCCCGGCGCCCGGAGCCAGUACGUCUGCAGGCUGUACCGCAGCGACAGCGACAGCUCCACGCUACCAAAGAAGUCCCCCUUCGUCAGAAACACGUUGGAGCGGAGGACGCUGCGCUAUAAGCAGCAGUCGUACCGCUCCUCCCUCGCCGAGAGGCCAACGCGCACCUCCCUGGACCUGGAGCUGGACCUCCAGGCCUGCCGCACCCGCCAGAGGCAGCUGGUGGAGGAGCUGAGCGCCCUGCGGGAGCUGAAGCUGCGGCUGGAGGAGCCGCAGGACGCCACCGAGCUCCCCCACUGGGCGCUGAGGGACGAGCGCUUCCGCUGCCUGCUCAGAGAGGCCCAGAGGCAGGGGGGGCUGCCGCUGACCGUUCCUACCGCUCCACAGGCCAACCAAAGCAAGCAGGAGCAGCGCCAAGAGGAGGCAGCAGAGAGGAGGCUGAGGAAGGCUUCCAAAGAGGUUUUGCAGAUGCGAGGGCAGAGCCAGAAGGAGCCUCUGCCCGUGCAGACGUUCAGAGAGAAGAUGGCUUUUUUCACAAGACCAAGGUUCAACAUACCUCCUUUACCGGCUGACGACGUAUGAGGGCUCGCCUCGGUGUCAUGUGACUAAAUAUGAAGUAUUUGUCCAACUAUCUGAGCUCAUGAAGUACAAAGGUUUUCCUACUAAGGCGGCAGGACGCGCGGCCUGCAGAUGAAGAUCCCAGUGUUCCCGUGUUCUGAAGCACCCACGUGGAAACGAGAACCUCGAACACACUAGAAUAUGCAGAUACUGACAGCCUGGCUGCACAGCUCCUUUGUGGGUUUUUUUUUUUGUUUUAGGGGGGCUUUGACUUUCAAACAAUAUCUCUGUUACUCCUGAGUUACUUUUGUUUGUGCUUACAAAAAAGCUGGAAGACGGGAACAAAAGUCAGUUUGGACAUAUUCACUGUACUGUAACUUAUUUUAUAGUACUUUUUCCUUGAAGGAAAUGCAAACAAAAAAAACUAAACAAACGCUUCCUGCUUUUUAAUUGUAUUUUGUAGCUUUGAACAAAUAGCACUUCAGUGUUUUUACAUGCAGUAAAUGGAACUAUUGUCUUGAUAUUUGUCUGUUACCUAAUUCUUAAGAGUUAUUUACAUCAAAUGUCACUGUGUAAUCCACUUUUAUUACAGAUGUCAGUUAUUUUGUGCUUAUGUUAUUAAAAUUAAUAUUAUUUCA